AUGGCCGCUGACAGGGUCCAUGCUGCUUUACCUGACCCUCCCAGUCAGAAUGAAGAGGACAACAGAGAAGAGGAGAAAGUGUUUGGAAAUAUUUUUGCAGAGUUAGAAUCUGUGGACUUGCCCCUAGGAACCAGCUUAAGGUCUAUUUACGAUGACCAGCCCAAUGCCCACAAGCGCUUCAUGGAAAAGUUGGAUGCCAGGAUAAGGAACCAUGACAGAGAAAUUGAGAAAAUGUGCAACUUCCACCACCAAGGCUUUGUGGACGCCAUAACAGAGCUCCUCAAAGUCCGCACUGAUGCAGAGAAACUGAUGGGUCAAGUGACAGACACUAAUCGAAGACUACAAGAAGCUGGGAGGGAGGUGACAUCUCAGACAGAGGAGGUGAUCUGCUGUCGGAUCCAGCAGAGGAACAUGGCCACGACUGUUGAGAAGCUGCAGCUUUGUAUACCAGUGCUAGAAAUGUACAGCAAACUGAAGGAGCAGCUGGAAACCAAAAGAUACUAUGCUGCGCUGAAAACCAUGGAGCAGCUGGAGAAGGUCUUCAUCCCCAGGGUCAGCCAGUACAGGUUCUGUCAAAUCAUGGCUGAAAACCUCCCCAGACUGAGAGAGGAGAUCAAGGAGAUCUCAAUGUCAGACCUCAAGGACUUCCUGGAGAGCAUCCGAAAACACUCUGACAAGGUUGGAGAGACUGCCAUGAGACAGGCACAGCACCACCGGACCUUUAACAGAGCCGUGACAAAGCAGGCCAGUGUGGGUCACUACACCAAGCCUGUGUACUCCUUCAAUGGACGAACACACACUCACAAUGGCCUGAUGAUGGAUGACGACACAGGAGAUGAGGAUGAAGCAGAUGAAGAGGUUCUUACAGCUCAGGACCUUGUGGACUUCUCACCUGUCUACAGAUGUUUACAUAUAUACACUGUACUGGGUGAUCGAGAAACAUUUGAAAACUACUACAGGAAACAGAGGAAAAAACAGGCCAGGCUAGUCCUGCAGCCACAGGCUAACAUGCAUGAGACAGUGGAAGGCUACAGAAGAUACUUCAAUCAGAUUGUAGGGUUCUUUGUUGUGGAGGAUCAUAUCCUCCAUGCCACACAUGGGCUGGUGACUAGAGCUUUCACUGAUGAACUGUGGAACAUGGCCCUGUCUAAGAUCAUCGCUGUGCUCCGCACACACUCUUCUUACUGUGAUGACCCAGACCUGGUCCUGGAGCUGAAGAACCUCAUAGUAAUCUUCGCUGACACACUACAGGAUUAUGGAUUCCCAGUGAACCGCCUGUUUGACCUGCUUUUCGAGGUCAGAGACCAGUACAAUGAAACUUUGCUGAAGAAGUGGGCGCUGGUUUUCAGGGAGAUCUUUGAGUUGGAUAACUACAGUCCCAUCCCAGUGGAGACAGAGGAUGAGUAUAAACUGGUUGUCAGUCGCUUUCCCUUCCAUGAUGCCGAGAUCGAGAAGCAGGACUUUCCGAAGAAGCUGCCGAUGUCCCAGUCUGUCCCUCAGAUCUACACACAGGUCAAAGAGUUCAUUUACGCCAGCCUCAAAUUCUCAGAGUCACUACACCGCAGUUCAACAGAGAUUGAUGACAUGCUGCGGAAAUCAACCAACCUGCUGCUGACAAGGACACUCAGCAGCUGUCUGCAAAACCUCAUCAAGAAACCUCACAUAGGGCUGACUGAGCUGGUGCAGAUCAUCAUAAAUACCACCCACCUGGAGCAGGCCUGCAGGUAUUUGGAGGAGUUUAUAACAAACAUCACCAAUGUCUCCCCUGAAACAGUACACACCACAAGACUCUAUGGCUUAUCCACAUUUAAGGAUGCUCGUCAUGCUGCAGAGGGAGAGAUUUAUACCAAACUCAACCAGAAAAUUGACGAGUUUAUCCAGCUUGCAGACUAUGAAUGGGGCAUGACUGAGUCAGAUGGUCGUGCAUCUGGAUACCUCAUGGAUCUGAUCAACUUCCUGCGUUCCACCUUCCAGGUCUUCACACACCUUCCAAAUAACAACAAUGACCAUGCCUCGAUGUCGGGUAAAGUGGCCCAGACAGCUUGUAUGUCAGCCUGUAAGCAUCUGUCCACAUCACUGAUGCAAAUGCUGCUGGACACGGAACUCAAACAAAUCAGUAUGGGAGCCAUUCAGCAAUUCAACCUAGAUGUAAUUCAGUGUGAAUUGUUUGCCAGCUCUGAACCCGUCCCUGGUUUCCAAGGAGACACACUCCAGCUGGCCUUCAUCGACCUACGACAGCUCCUGGACCUGUUCAUGGUGUGGGACUGGUCAACCUAUCUGGCAGAUUAUGGCCAGCCAACUUCCAAAUACCUGAGAGUGAAUCCAGCCACUGCCCUGGCUCUACUUGAGAAAGUCUACAGGGGGAUGAAGGACACCAGUAAGAAGAACAACAUUUUCUCUCAGUUCAGGAAGAACGACCGAGAUAAACAGAAGCUGAUAGAGACUGUGGUCAAACAGCUGAGGAGCCUGGUCAACGGAAUGUCCUCAUGAACACACACACACACUGAGUGUUGUCACAAAGAGAUAGAGUGAAUGAAACAUGCAUGCAAACACACAACAGGAAGAGACGGACGCCUGGCACACACACAUGCACACACACACACACACACACACACACACACACACAUGCACAC